GUGAGAGUUACUGCAGGUGAUGUCUGCAUAAUAGAAUGCAUAGUGGCAGGCACACCAGAACUUUCAGCCAGCUGGUUCAAAGAUGGCAAGGAACUGACCAGCAGUCAGAAAUAUAAGAUCAGUCUAUCCAAUAAGGUAGCCUCUAUUAAAAUCCUCUCUGCAGACAAAAAUGACAGUGGAGAAUAUACCUUUGAAGUGAAAAACAAUGUUGGAAAAAGCACCUGUACUGCAACAGUUGAUGUUCUUGAUCGUGUAUUACCUCCUUCUUUCACCAAAAAAUUGAAAGAAACCACUGCAGCAGUAGGUUCAUCUGUUCAAAUGGAAUGCAAAAUCGCUGGAUCACUGCCUAUCUCUAUUACUUGGCUUCACAAUGGAAGCAAGAUCUUCAGUGGAGACAAAUAUGAGCCUGAAUUUUCUGAUAGUCUUUGUGUUUUAAAAAUUAAUUAC